CCGGCCCCCACGAGCCGUCCAUGGUGCAGCGCAUGUGGGCCGAGGCUGCUGGGCCUGCGGGCGGCGCCGAGCCGCUCUUCCCAGGGUCUCGGAGGAGCCGCAGCGUGUGGGACGCCGUGCGCCUGGAGGUGGGCGCACCCGACAGCUGCCCGGUGGUGCUGCACAGCUUCACGCAACUCGACCCCGACCUGCCGCGCCUGGAGAGCUCCACGCAGGAGAUUGGCGAGGAGCUGAUCAACGGGGUCGUCUACUCCAUCUCCCUGCGCCGGGUACAGCUGCACCACGGAGCCAGCAAGGGCCAGCGCUGGCUCGGGUAUGAGAACGAGGCGGCCCUCAACCUCUACGAGACCUGCAAGGUGCGGACUGUGAAGGCAGGCACACUGGAGAAGCUUGUGGAGCACCUGGUGCCCGCCUUCCAGGGCAGUGACCUCUCCUAUGUCACCAUCUUCCUGUGCACCUACAGAGCUUUCACCACCACCCAGCAGGUGCUGGACCUGCUGUUCAAAAGGUACGGUAGACGUGACGCCCUCACGGCCCCCUCUAGAUACGGAUGCAUCCUCCCUUACUCCCACGAGGACGGUGGACCCCAGGACCAACUUAAAAAUGCCAUCUCCUCCAUCCUGGGCACCUGGCUGGACCAGUACUCGGAGGACUUCUUUCAGCCCCCAGACUUUCCUUGCCUCAAGCAGCUAGUGGCCUAUGUACAGCUCAACAUGCCCGGCUCAGACCUGGAGCGCCGUGCUCACCUCCUUCUGGCCCAGCUGGAGCAUGCAGAGCCCCUUGAGGCAGAAACUGAGGCUCUGUCAUCAGUGCCAGCUCUAAAACCAGCCCUGGAGCUGGAGCCAGCUCCGACGCCAGCUGUAGCACACAGUCCGGAACCAGAGCCAGCCCCAGAGCUGGAGGAAGCUCUGGCACCCCCUCUCGAGCUAGAGCCAGUUCUGGUGUCAGCUCUCAUGCCCGCCCCAGAGCUGGAGCCAGCUCUAUCACAGACCCUUGAGCCAGAUCCAGUGCCAGCACCGUCAUUAGAGCCUGCCUGGCCUCCACCUGUGGUCACAGAGAACGGGCUGAAUGAGGAGAAGCCUCGCCUCUUGGUGUUCCCUCCUGACCUGGUGGCCGAGCAGUUUACACUGAUGGACGCGGAGCUGUUCAAGAAGGUGGUGCCCUACCAUUGCCUUGGCUCCAUCUGGUCCCAGCGGGAUAAGAAGGGCAAAGAGCACCUGGCACCCACCAUCCGUGCCACUGUCACCCAGUUCAACAAUGUAGCCAACUGCGUCAUUACCACCUGCCUCGGGGACCGAAGUAUGAAGGCCUCAGACAGGGCCAGGGUGGUGGAACACUGGAUUGAGGUGGCCAGGGAGUGCCGGGUCCUCAAGAACUUCUCCUCCCUCUAUGCCAUCCUCUCUGCUCUGCAGAGCAACUCCAUCCACCGACUGAAGAAGACGUGGGAGGAGGUUUCCAGGGACAGCUUCCGGAUAUUUCAGAAGCUGUCAGAGAUUUUCUCAGAUGACAACAACUACUCACUGAGCAGAGAGCUGCUCAUUAAGGAGGGGACCUCCAAGUUUGCCACCCUGGAGAUGAACCCUAAGAGAGCCCAGAAGCGGCCAAAGGAGACGGGUGUCAUCCAGGGCACUGUUCCCUACCUGGGCACAUUCCUCACUGACCUGGUGAUGCUGGACACUGCCAUGAAGGACUAUCUGUAUGGGAGACUGAUCAACUUCGAGAAGAGGAGGAAGGAGUUUGAAGUGAUCGCCCAGAUCAAGCUGCUGCAGUCAGCCUGCAACAACUACAGCAUCACACCUGAUGAGCACUUCCGGGCCUGGUUCCGGGCUGUGGCGCGGCUGAGCGAGGCUGAGAGCUACAACCUGUCGUGUGAGCUAGAGCCCCCGUCCGAGUCAGCCAGCAAUACCCUUAAGACCAAGAAGAAUGCGGCCAUUGUCAAACGGUGGAGCGACCGCCAGGUGCCCAGCACAGAGCUCAGUACCAGCGGCAGCUCCCACUCCAAGUCCUGUGACCAGCUCAGGUGUGGCCCCUACCUCAGCAGCGGAGACCUUGCCGAUGCGCUCAGCGUGCACUCGGCCGGCUCCUCCAGCUCCGACGUGGAGGAGAUCAACAUGAGCUUUGUCCCAGAGUCCCCUGACGGCCAGGAAAAGAAGUUUUGGGAGUCAACCUCCCAGUCGUCCCCGGAGACCUCAGGCAUCAGCUCCGCCUCCAGCAGCACCUCGUCCUCUUCGGCCUCCACCACACCCGUGGCCACCACACGCACCCACAAGCGCUCCGUCUCUGGGGUGUGCGGCUACGGCUCCUCACUGCCACUCUACAACCAGCAGGUGGGCGACUGCUGCAUUAUCCGUGUCAGCCUGGAUGUGGACAACGGCAACAUGUACAAGAGCAUCCUGGUGACCAGCCAAGAUAAGGCUCCAGCUGUGAUCCGCAAGGCCAUGGACAAACACAACCUGGAUGAGGAUGAGCCAGAAGACUACGAGCUGGUGCAGAUUAUUUCAGAUGAUCGGAAGCUGAAGAUCCCUGAAAACGCCAACGUGUUCUACGCCAUGAACUCUGCUGCCAACUAUAACUUUGUCUUGAAGAAGCGGACCUUCACCAAAGGGGCAAAGGUCAAGCAUGGAGCCAGCUCAACUCUCCCUCGCAUGAAGCAGAAAGGACUCAAGAUUGCCAAGGGCAUCUUCUGAGGGCAUCUCCCCUGGGGUCUGGCUGGCCGGGAGCUAAGAAUUUAUAGACUAGAGCGGCCCAGGCCAGCUGGGCACCUUCCGCCCACCCGCCAGCCCAGGGCACCCCUGGAUUCCACCUUCAUCCUGAACCCCACCUGCUGCUGGGAUUGACGCCUGCCACUAUCAGGCUGACCUGGCCUCCCGUGGACCCCUCUCUGCCUUAGGUGCCUUCUGCUCUCUGGAACCAGAGGACUAGCUGACUGUUGCCAAGGAGUGGUGCCGACUGGCCCAGUGCCCUGGUACCAUGAUCCCUGCCCCGGGCACUGCCUCUGUACACUUCCCUGACACCUUCCAGGUGCAGGUCACUGCCACCUGUGCCACAGGCACCCCAGAGCACCCACUUACCCUCCGGGUCUGACCACUGCAGUUCUCUCCUUGUGCCCUCGGGCACUGGCCCGUGACCUCUGCUGGGUCCCGGGCUCUCCUCCCACCACUCUAGCCUUUCUCAGGCUGCACCAAAGAUUCCAUCAUCAGGGCCAGCUGAGAGUGAGGGGCUGCUCCCACACUCACCCCAGCCCUCCCCCAGAGAGGAGAGAGCAGCCCUCUUCAUGGACCACGCUCUUCACCCAGUGAGUGAGGACAGCUCCGGCUGAAUCCCCUCGAUGUUGAAUCUCCUGCCACUGCAAGUGCCAUCCCCGCUGCAUCCUGGGCUUUACAAGACCACGCGAGACGGGGGUUACUGGGGAAGGAGGGUUGGGGUAGGAGGGCGAUUGAAUAUUUGUAUAAAAUGAAAAAAGAAAAAAAUGUUUACUGAUUGGGGAGGGGCAAUAUUUAUUUGUUGUAAAUAGAAAAUGCUAGACUUGAAUAUUAUAUUAAAUUCUGUUUCUACUA